AGGAAGACACAGGCUCGUUUUUGUUUGCCCCGUGAACUUGAUUUUGCUGUUACGAGAGAGUGGCUUUGACAUUGUUGUGUGCUAGUGUGGUGAAACAAGUGAGUUCAACGCCUGCCGCUGUUCUUUUAAGGACUCUCACGAUUCGUGUUGUAGUAAACGAUUAAAAGAUGACGCACCACAGCCGGCUUGUGAUAGGAGCUUUUCUAGUCUUAAGUAGCUUAUACGGAACUUUAGGAAGGAUAGCAUUCGAAAAACUGACAGACUUCGACUACAGGGGGAACACCUAUUAUACCGUGAAAAACUUGAGCUUAUACGAAUGCCAAGGGUGGUGUCGAGAAGAACCGGACUGCCAGGCUGCCGCGUUCAGCUUCGUCCUGAAUCCCCUCAUACCCAUCCAGGAAACGCUGUGCCAGUUACAAAACGAAACCUCUUCGAACAACCCCUCGGCGACACCCCAGAGGUCGGUCAACAUGUACUACAUGACCAAACUCCAGCUGAGAUCGGAGAAUAUCUGCCUGAGACCAUGGGCCUUCGAAAGAGUCCCCAAUAAAAUGAUCAGGGGACUGGACAACGCACUCAUCUACACGUCCACGAAAGAAGCCUGCCUUGCAGCUUGUCUAAACGAGCAUCGUUUCACGUGCCGCUCCGUCGAAUACAACUAUGUGACACUCCAGUGCCAAUUGAGCGACACCGAUCGGAGAACCGCCGGCCAAUUCGUCCAGUUCGUGGAUGCCCAGGGUGUGGACUACUUCGAGAACUUGUGCCUGAAGGGCAACCAGGCAUGUAAAGCCAACCGAGUCUUCCAAGUACCCAGGAUAGGGGUCGCCGACGACAAGGUGGCCCAAUACGCCAGUCUCCACUACUACACGGACAAAGAGCUCCAGGUUACCAGCGAGGCCGCCUGUCGGCUGGCCUGCGAGAUCGAGAACGAGUUUCUAUGUCGUUCCUUCCUAUACAAGGGUACGCCUCAGGGAUCUCAGUACAACUGUCAGUUGUUCCACUUGGACCACAAGACCCUUCCCGAUGGACCAAGCACUUACCUCAACGCUGAGAGACCUCUGAUCGACAACGGAGAGAGGAUUGGGACAUAUUACGAGAACAGUUGCGAGAAAGCAACCGCUACAUCCGGUGCCCCAUCUGAUAACACUCUUCCUGUGGUUUUCGAGACCACCGAGGACUCGAAUUUCAACCUCACCAAGAGCGACAUCAACUGCGACAAGACGGGGACCUGCUAUGAUGUAUCAGUUAACUGCAAAGACACCAAGAUCGCCGUCCAAGUACGUACUAAUAAGCCUUUCAAUGGGAGGAUUUAUGCCCUGGGUAGAUCGGAGACUUGCAAUGUCGACGUACUCAACAGCGAUCUCUUCAGAUUGGACCUGACCAUGACUGGGCAGGAUUGUAAUACGCAGUCUGUGAUCGGUGUCUACAGCAACACAGUCGUCCUCCAGCACCACAGCGUCGUGAUGACCAAAGCGGAUAAGAUCUAUAAAGUGAAGUGCACGUACGACAUGUCCUCCAAGAACAUCACCUUCGGAAUGAUGCCAAUUAGAGAUCCUGAGAUGAUAAGCAUCACCUCCGCCCCAGAGGCCCCACCCCCAAGGAUUCGCAUCCUCGACAGCCGUCAACGCGAAGUCGAGACCGUCCGCAUCGGAGACAAGCUCACCUUCAGGAUCGAAAUUCCAGAGGACACUCCUUACGGCAUCUUCGCCCGCAGCUGCGUCGCUAUGGCCAAGGACUCGAAGAGCACGUUCCAGAUAAUCGACGACGAGGGCUGCCCGGUGGACCCCACGAUCUUCCCUGCUUUCACUCCAGAUGGAAACGCAUUACAGUCUAUUUAUGAAGCCUUCAGGUUCACGGAAUCUUACGGUGUCAUCUUCCAAUGCAACGUCAAAUACUGCCUUGGACCGUGCGAACCCGCCGUUUGUGAGUGGGGACGUGACUCCAUUGAAUCAUGGGGCAGAAGGAAGAGAAGCGUCAACAACCAGACCGACGAAGAGAAAGAAGAAGAUAUGACCCUCAGCCAAGAAAUUCUCGUUUUGGACUUCGGAGAUGAAAAGCAGUCGGAAUUCUUGAAGAGCGACUUGUCCAGUGCCGAUUUUGGAAGAGAUAAAACAGUGACGAUCAUCGAACCUUGUCCAACGAAGACCUCAGUUUUAGCCUUAGGUGUAACUUGUGCCUUAUUAGUCUUACUGUACAUCAGCACGCUGUUCUGCUACUACAUGAAGAAGUGGCUGAAUCCAGGAAAACACAUCGCUUGAGAACGACGACGAGAAAGAUGGACACUUUUCGGUGCUUUAAUUUGAUACGUUUAUAAUUUCUCAGUAUUUACGUAAUAAGUACGGCAAUAUUAAAUAACGUUGAUUGAUCUUUCUGUUAAGUUAGCGCGAAAGGUAUAUUUUAAAUGUAAUACGAGGGCUGAUCGAAAAGUUCCCGGAUAGCCGAAGGUGCGAAUUUUUUACCAAACUUUUCGGUCAGUCGCCGUAUGUUAACUUAAGAAGAGAUGUCAAUGAAGCGGGUUCGUCCCGACAAGACUCAAGAUAUCGCAAUAGUUAAUUUAACGUAACUUAAUUUUCGGGUUGGUGGCGGUUCUUAGGUGGUGGGUCAGCUUUGACGAAAUCUGUGACAUAUUAGGAAUCACUAAAACGAAUUUUACCGUUACAAAACGAAAUUGGCUCUCGGAUUCUCCGAAAUAAAGUUCCCCGUUUUUGAGGAAUUUCGCUGUUUGCACUGACUUUAUCCCUGCAUUUUGUGACGGUAAGAUUUCAAUUUCUUCUUUUAGAUUAUUUAUUUUAUUUAUUGUUUAACCGAUAGUUCGUGUAUAUAUCUAAAUUUUAA